GCACGCCUUCGCAGUGUCAGCUACGUGUUGAAAUCAAGGUGCGGCUUCUUAUCGAGUCCCAAGCUUGCUACAACCCAAGGACUCGACUUUGCACUCUGCUCACCACAACUGCACUGCGCCCCGCCCUGACAUCAACUGGUGAUGGAAUUCGAGAUUCGGCAGAAAUUGACGCUUUAACCCACCGGCGCACCUGUCAAGAUGACUCUCCCUUACCGGGACGCCAACGUCCAGGUCGCCCCCGACUCGUAUAUCUUCACGUCUCCGUCCUCCCCCAACGCGCCUGUUCUCAGCAUUGAUCGGCCGACUGGCGACAUUCGUCUCCUCGAUGGCUCCCUAGUCUCUGGGAAGCGGGUUUCCCGCGUGUCCAGCAUCGCUGGUAUCCUGGGCAUGAUCAGGCUGAGACUUGACAAAUACAUAAUCGUAAUAACGAAGGCCCAACCAGUUGGUCGACUCAAGGGGCACAUGGUUUACAAGGUCAUAUCCACCGAAUUCCUCCCGUUGCGCGAGCGCCAGAUCCACGACCCGGACGAGGACAAGUUCCUCAGCCUGCUUAAGACGUUCAUCAAGUCGGGACCCAUGUAUUUCUCGUACUCGGUCGACCUCACGAAUAGUUUCCAAAGACAGGCGCAGCAUGACAGUCCCAGCCCCCUAUGGAUGAGGGCCGACGAUCGCUUCUUCUGGAACAGGUUUGUCCAGUCCGACUUUAUUGACUUCCGGACAAGAGGUGGAAGAGGCCACCCGGCUCCGCAGCCUGGGAUCGAUCCCUUCAUCCUCCCGGUGAUAUUUGGCAUGCUGGAGAUUCGCCCGACACAUUUCAAGGGCACGCCGCUCACCGUUGUCCUCAUUACGCGACGAUCUCGGCAUCGUGCUGGGACAAGAUACCUGUCCCGUGGUAUCGACGAGGAGGGCCAUGUAUCGAACUACAACGAGACGGAACAAAUCGUCAUUCUCAAUGACAGCGGAAGGGGCCUUGGGGGAUUCGCCGGGAGCGGCGAUAUGCAGAGUGGGAAGCUGGGCUCUGAUGGCAAGGAGAUGCAGAUCCUGUCCUAUGUCCAGACCCGUGGAAGCGUGCCGGUCUUCUGGACGGAGAUCAAUACCCUGAAAUAUGUGCCGAAACUCCAAAUCCGCGGCAUCGAGGCUGCAUUACCUGCGGCAAAGGCCCACUUCGACGAGCAGAUCCGCAUAUACGGGGCCAACUACCUGGUCAACCUUGUCAACCAGAAAGGCCGUGAACAGCGUGUCAAGCAAGCCUACGAGAAGAUGGUGCAGAUGCUUGUCACCUCUCCCGAGGAGCGCACACAAGCCGAUCAGGUCACCGAGGAGAAGUUCCAUACCAUUGAGCCCAGCAGCAAGCAGCAAUCCUAUGACCGGCUGCACUACGUAUACUUCGACUUCCACAGCGAGACAAAGGGUCUCCAAAUGCACCGAGCACAGCUUCUCGUUGACCAACUGCAGGAGGCCCUCGUGGCACAGCAGUAUUUCCGUGCUGUUGAUAUGCCUACCAGCCACAUCGACGGCCGCCUCGAGGUCCGCAACCUCCAGACGAGCGUAGUAAGGACAAACUGCAUGGACUGCCUAGAUCGGACCAACGUCGUGCAGAGCAUGCUUGCUCGCUGGACUCUGGACCGCAUGUUCGUCGACUUGGGCAUCAUGGCCCGUGGCUCUCGCUUUGCCGAUGAAGACCCUGCCUUCGAGUUCCUGUUCCGGAACAUUUGGGCAGACAAUGCCGACGUGGUGUCCAAGAGCUACUCCGGCACCGGUGCCAUGAAGACGGACCUCACCCGCCUGGGCAAGCGGACCAAGGCCGGCGCCCUGCAGGACGCCAAUGUUGCCAUCACCAGAUACUGCAGGAACAAUUUUCUCGACGGUCCUCGACAGGACGGCUUCGACCUCUUCCUCGGGACCUAUCUCCCCGCAACCGCCAACAUCGGUGCCAAUUUCAUCUUUGCCGACCGGAGACCCAUCUUCAUCCAGAGCAUCCCUUAUGUCGGUGCUUUCAGCUUCUUCCUCGCCUUCCUCGGCGUCUUCUCCAAACGCAUGCCCGACUCUGCCGUCUGGCCCAUGCGGCUAUUCGUCUUCUUCUGGGCCGUCGUUACGGCUUGGUGCUUUUACUUUAUCGUCACUAACGGCAUGCUAUAUGUCAACUGGCCCAAGCUGAACCCUCGCCCGUGGGCCACGGAGGGCUAUCGUGAGACCAUCGCCAAGGUCAGGAAGGACAAGCUCCUGGGCCCGCUGGUCGCGAAGCACGAGAGGGGGUUGAGUACCUCGAGGUACCUUAAUGCGGAGGAGGGCAAGAAGAGAAUCGAGUAGAACAUACAGCUCCGUCGGAGCCAUGUAUUCCUUUUGUGUUUCCAAGCCUUCUGUAGUAUAGUAGAUCGGGUAAUGUACAAAUAGACGGCGUACAAGUUUCCGAUCAAGACGGGCUGGAAAUAGCAUCUGUUAAACCACGUUGUUCGUCCUUGGCCCUCGAGGGAGGCCGAGUUUCCCAGUCUCCCAAGUUUUCCUUUUUCUGCUGUGCGGCGUCGUGACAUGUACCGAUAUCCCUUCCCAGCGUAGUUCGUUUGGUAAAGGCAUGCGAUGUGAGAAGGUAUUCCGUUCGUGGUCUGCGGGUAUUCCAGUCAAGAUGAAUGUAUAAUUAAAGCCCAAGGUUAGAUUGCUAUAGGACACAACAGGGCGAACGGAAACUAGUAGAUAAUGUAUGUCGUGAUUAUUAUAUAGC